UUGCUGUUUUCUAUAAGUUUUCUUAUAAUUUGAUCAUAUAUAUCUAGCUACUGUUGGGGGUAAUUUUCAGCCUUUUUUUGCAAGAUCAGAAAUGGAUAUAACUUCAGUUGAGAAAAAGAGACCAGUAGAAGACGAUGUCUCUGUCCACUGCGAUAAGCGUUUAAAACAAGCCGAAGAUUUCACAGAAAAGACAUGGAAAGAGGAUUUUGUUCUGAUCGUUGAAAACAAAAGAUUACACGUGACAAAAGCUGUUCUCGCACACGCAUCUCCUGUAUUUGACAGAAUGUUUCAAGCAGAAUUUAAGGAGAAAAACUUAGCGGAACAGGAAUUACCUGAAAAGAAGGUUGAAGACGUUAUUCAAUUUCUGCACUGCAUAUACCCAAACCCUAUCGAUGUUAGCACAGAAAACGUUUAUGGUAUCCUGCCCUUGGCUGAAGAAUACCAAGUGUCUUACUUGAAAUCAAAGUGUGAGGCCUGCAUGCUAGGAAUAAUCACUAAAAACAUUUCUAGUGACGAACUUUACAACAUGUUGGAACUAGCGAGCAUGUACAACAUGACUGGCCUGUUGGAAAUGUGUAUAGAAGUUGCUUCUGAAAAGACACACAAAGCUCUCGAAAGUGCGGAAAAAAAGAAAGCAAUUUCGCCUGUAGUAAAGUGCGCGAUUCUGGAGAAAAUGGUUCUGAAGCUUCAACAUGCAAAUUUCCUAACUGUUUUACAUAAUUACCAUAAGUGUCAACUUAAAAGAAGCGAGAAAUUGCAUGUAGAUAUUGAAGAUUAUGCGCAAUGGGACGGAAAGUCACUGAAGUUUACUGUUGCUGUAAAUAAAAAAAGGAAAUGCAGAUUCCGGCUCUUUGAUGUUUCAUUAGAACUUUGUUUAACUAUAGGCAGUUCAUAUCAUCUGCCAAUAUCGAUAAAUAAGAUUGGAUUAGAUGGAUCGGGAUGCACACUCCAUGUUAACGGAAUAGUUCUCAUAAAAAAUGUGAUGGAACAAAAGGAAGAUUUUACCUUAACAUUUGAUAAAAAAAUUCCUGGUUAUGGAAUCGGAGGGGGUCAGAAUAAAGAUCCUUCACAUUUAUCAAAUGUUAAACAAGGGUACAUCUACAAUGGUAAAUUUGACGUGGAAGUACAUUUACUGGCUCAAAGAUACGAAUGACCUUUUAGAGUUAUUUUGUGUAAUCGUGUACAAAACUUGUUUAUUUUAGGGCAUAAUAUUCAGAAUGCAAAACUGAGCAAGUUCUGUUUUUACAUGUAGUACAUGAUUCGUUUGCCUACUUAAUACAUUAACGGAAUGGAUGGGUUUUCUUUAUGCUUUAUCUAUUAAUAAUUAUUAUUUUUAAAGAUCGGCAAAAAUAAUGACAAUACUACGUAUUAUUAACCUAUACAAAUUAAUCUGUAAAUAUAUCAAAAUAAAUGCAAAGGUAAAACUUGUG